GUCAGUCGAACGUUCUCCGUUCGGUUCGAACUUCGAACACAUAAUUAGAAGAAAUCUCUAGUCAUUGACCCGAGGGCCAAGAGCAAAGCCAAGCGUCGAGCGAAGAGACUGAAAGAAGACCGGAGACAUCUAAUUAUGCAAAUGCCGGUGGCUCUUAGUUUGCUGUGGCUGCUUCAGCUGUUUUUGCUGACGGAUUCGGUGGUUGGAGCUGGUUUCGAGGGGGAGGAGCAGCUGGAGGCGCUGCUGGACACCGAAACUCAGCUCAUCGAUGAGCUGCGAGAUUACAUAGAAAGAUUGGAACUUCAGCUGGAGGAAAUCCAAAGAGAGACCUCAGCAAUCGCGGAGAUUCACGGUCAAGUGGACAAUGUGGAGGAGUACAUGGGAAAUCCUCUAAAUGUUCUCACCAUUCUCAAGAGAUUUGAUAGUGUGUGGCCGAGAUUGGAGCAGCAGGCAAAUGCCACCCAUCAGUUAGCUUUGGGAGAAGGUUUCCCUGGCAGGGAUUUAACCCUGCCCAGCGAGGAGGACUACGAGGACAACCUGAACAACCUGCUACAUCUUCAGUCGGUCUACGAACUGGACCCCAACAGCCUCUCCUUGGGCGUGGUCAAUGGGUUGAAGUUGGGCUCCGCCAUGUCCUGGGGCGACUGCCUGGAAGUGGCUCGGAAGUCGGACUUCGCUGUGGCUAGAUUUUGGUUAGAGUCAGCUUUGGACAAACUGCCCUCCGCUUCUGAGAACUCCACAGAAUCGAAGAGGGAACGGGAAAGUGGGCGUGUGGACAUCCUGGAGGCAACUCUGAACAUUGAAUACCGCGCUGGGGAACUUUCCCGAGCCCUGGCAACUGCAGAGGAGCUUCUGGUGCUGCUGCCAAUGAACAAGAAUGUUCAAAAGGCCAAGAAAAAGAUAGAAAAAGCCAUGGCCAAGAAGGAACUGCCGAAGGGCAGCAGCCAAAAGUCGAGGACGAAGAAGCAAAAAGUGAAAUCCCCAGAGCAGCUUCUCAUAGAGGAGCUCUGCCGCGGGGCAACACAGCAAAGCUCCAUAGGAAGCCGCUUCCCGCAUUGCCAGUUGGACGGAAGUACGUCCUGGUCCCUUCUGCAACCUUCUAAAACGGAGCCCCUGAGCUCGGACCCUUAUAUAGUACUGCAUCACGAUGUUCUGACCCCAAAGCAAAUAGGUCAAUUGCUGGAACUUGUAGACGAGGAAGAGGAUUCUAAGGGAGUUACCUAUCAGCCGAUGAAGCUAUCCAAAAUGGCGCAGAAGAAGUUGAGGGGCAUUAAUCAUCUCCUGGGCAUCGAGGCUGGGGACCUGGAUCCGUGGACAGGUCGUCGCCAUAGUCACGAGCACACCACAAAGUUGGAAGAUAAUUCGGAAACCGAGCAUGUGGCACGUGUCAUGCUGAACUUGCAGGCACCCGGAAUGGGAGGGGCCGUGGUUUUUCCGCAGCUGGAGCUCGGCGUGAAUGUCCCUAGUGGUUCGCUGCUCCACUGGCACACACGCUCCGCCGGAGGCUUGUCAUCCGAGUGGGACUACCGCAGUGGUCAGGCAGUCUGUCCAGUGCUCCUCGGCGUCCAAUUGUCCGCGUGGACAGGACACAAUUGACGUGGGCAGCGAGGCUUGAUGUGUUUCCAUGGUUUCCCGAUCCGAGCUACAUGUGCUUUAAUUGCCAGCGGGGGAAUCGAAUAAAGUU